AUGAAGCCUAAUAAACUUAAAGGCUUCAUAAAUGAUAAAGCUUUACUUGCCUCUUAUAAAGCUUCAUAUGAAAUAGGCAGAUGUAAGAAGCUUCACACUAUUGGUGAAGAGCUUAUUUUGCCAGCUGUAAUUGAAACUGUAAAAACUGUGUCUGGAGAUGAUUUGGCCAAAAAAUUGGAGUCCAUACCUCUGUCAAAUGAAACGGUUGCCCGUAGAAUUGGUGAUAUAGCUGAAGACGUAUGGCGUCAGCUACUCGGGAACUUGCGAGACAAGUUAUUUUUAAUCCAUCUUGAUGAGGCUUCGGACAGCAAUAAAGAUGCUCAUCUUAUUGCCUACGUUAGAUUUCGUGAUGGCAUAUCAGGAGUAGGAGACCCACCUAUAGAACUAAAAGCAACGGAUCUCGCAUUAUUUGCUAUCUUAAAUGACUAUAUAAUCGAGGCAAACAUGAAGAUUUGA